AAAUCCUUGAGCUUGAGGAAUAAAGAUACAACUAUGUGCGCUACUUCGUCCUUUUUGCGUAAGAUAUCAUCUCACAAAUAGCUCCUGAGAAAAUGUAUAGGAGUUAUUAGCAAAUUCGAGUAUGAACUAUUCACAGUUAAAAAACAAAAUCGCUCUCGAGAACCUGUAACACCUAUUAUUGUCUCAUCAAAAUUGGUGAUAUGCAUGAACUCAGGAAGAUCAACGAGCUAAAGCUUUAUCUGUCGAAGGAUGAUGGUAACGCAUUUGAUUUUUGCGAACUUAUAAAGUUCUUACUCGAAUGCAAACCUUCUACAGAAAAGUUAUCUCUUGGGAGGUUUAUAAUCGAUUACUUUGUCAGGCGUUUGCACAACAUAAGUUUGUCAGAACUAACUUCUCUGGUCAUUAAUGAUAUUUAUAUGUUAUUCACAUUAGCGGGAUUUGAGGAUACCAAAGCAGAAGGUCUGGUUGCUGAGCAGCUUCAAAUAGUUUGCUUGUUCGGUGUGAUUGAAUACAUCAUGUCAAACAAGUUGACUUAUGACCCUUCAUUCAUCUGCUCUUCAAUCAGUCAUUUCAUCGUUGACCGGCUUAAAAGAUAUUCCGUCACUGUUUUAUUGCAAAGCAUCUGUCUAGCUAAGGUGUGGUGUUCAUUUAUAUUUCUGAAUGUUCUAAGCAAGGGUUUCGAUGAUUGUUUGACUAAAUGCGCAAAGGCAAUUUGUAGAUCCGUUUAUCUACACGCUGGAUCAUCUAAUGGGAAUGUGGAAAAGUCAGUUCAGGAGUUUUUUCUACAUAUUCUUGGCAUAAUCUUGACAUUGAACAAGAAAGAUUCCGAAUUUUUACCGGUUUUUAAAGCAUUUGUAAACGAUAUUAUCCCAUGUUAUUCUGUCAACGUAACAAGGCACUACAAGUUACCUAAAAAUUCUAUUCAUUGCUUACUUUCCGUUGUAAAGUGCUUAGGACUUGUUGAGGUUUUUAAUUACGAUCCAUUUCUUAUGUGGAGUCUUUUAUUGGGUAUUGAAUACAAUUGCACAUCUAAUGUGUCUUGUGAUAUUAUAAAGUCUAUUUUCGAACAAAGUGUAACCAUCAAGCGAAAUUCCCCACAAGUAUAUGAUUUUAACCUACUUAAACCUGUAAUUCAAUGGAUGUUAACUGGAACGGUAGAUUGUCCCAUGUCAAAGAUAUCAUGUAGUUGUAAUUUUCUCUUUACUACGAAAUCGUUUCAGAAUACAAGCUGGGAUAACUUUAUUCAUAGUUGUUUAAAUAGUCAGUUCACAUUAUUACCUAGUUCAGAUGCAUUGGAAAGUAUUUUGAUUGUAUCGGAUUUGGAAGCUUUACAGUUAUCUAAGAAUGAUCUUCUAAUUGAUCAACUGCUUGAACAUCUUUCUUUGACUUUUCUCAACUCAAAAGAUGAUCAAUAUUCUGAUAUAAAUGAACGGAAAUUCCUUGUUUGGUUACGAUUAUAUAGUCUGAAAGAUUAUUCCGACCUACCAUUGUCAGUGAAACAGCUGGUACCUACUAUUUUAACACACAGUGCUUCACAUCAUAAUGAUUGUGUACGUAUAUUAGCAUUGAAUGGAAUUCAUAAGUUUUUAUGCAAAUAUUUACAUUUGAAAAGUAAAGCAAAUCAUAAUAAUAAUAAAAAUAAUAGUGAAGAAUCGACGAAUUUUAUACUGUCCAACAUUUCUACUACUCAAAUUUUUAUGGAUAUAUUUUUAACUUGUUGUAAUACAUUUAACAAUUGUUCAAAUCCAUCAUAUCGUAAUCAAUUUCAAAAACUUUUCUCCAGUUUAACAGAAUGUAUACGAAUGAUAUGUAAAUCUAUUCGUUUCAAUAAUAGCAUAGAAAUAUCGAAUAAUGAUAAUCUUAUCAAUAGUAGUAAUCACCGUAUUAUUUGUUUAUCAGAUACUGAGACGCGUUUGCAAGUGUUUGAUAAUUUGUUUGAUUUGAACAGGAUAAAAGAUGAGAGUGUUUUAAGUAUGCAGGAAAAUGAUGUAUUAUAUUUAGUUAAACUAAUAAGUUUUAUCAGUUCAAUGUGUCGCAUCACUACUAUUCAUACUCGAACAGGUAGCAAAAAUACUACUGACAUAAAAGUAACUACAAGUAUACACACUUACUUUUGGCCAGGAAUGAGUUAUCAACGCGCGAAACUUUUGGUAGAUAUUGUUGAAGUUGCUUUAGGUGUUCUCAAUUUAACACCGAAUGGUCCAUGGAAUAAAAAAUCCAGUAAAUGGAGAUCAGAAUUUGGUAAAGACUCAUUAUGCAAUAUAAGGACAAUAAUCGAUAACAUUUCUGUACGAUUUAAUUGGGACUACAAAUCGACUAAUUUAUUACGAUAUUUAUUGAAUGGACUUCUUUAUGUAAGCUCAGAUCUACAGUCACAAAUUUUAUCGAUUAUUUAUGAUCAUUGGAUUGAAAAUAAAGGUGCAUUGAAGGAAGCGAUUUAUCCCACUAUGGUUGAUUUAGCCUGUGCAUGGUGCGAUACUCCAUGGUGUUUAGUUUAUACAUCUGGAGCGAAUAUUUUAACAUUCUGUUCCAUCAAUGAAUUAUGGGAUUCUGCCUACUUUGGUGCAGACAUGCGUACGUGGUUUUUAAAUAAAUUAAAAAGAUUUUCUGAAUUAACGUGGAUAACCAAUAACAGUCUUAGUAAUGUUGAUUUAGCCAUGUUUAGUAGUAAAUUACUUCAAGUUGUUCAGUUUCAAUCCUGUCUAGGAUUCCUCUUGACUAUUGAUCAAAUUUUAACUAACUGUCUAAGUAAACUGAUGAAAAAUUCAAAGAAUAUUAAAUGGAAUCAAUUCAUUGAUCCAAUGCUUUAUGAAUUCAUUUGUUGUAAAGAAUUACCUAGUUUAUGUUUAGAAUUAUGCAAUCUAUGCCUUUUUUCAAUGGGUUGUCAAAUUUGUCAAUUUAAUCAAGAAGACAAUAGUUUUGUAAUGGAUUUUUCAAAAGGUGCCUGUUCAUUUCGAGAAUUGGGUAAAGCGAUUUUGAAGACUGUUAUGUUGGCCAGACGAAAUCAAUCAUUAUCAAUUGGUAAUGAAACAGUCGGUCAAUCAACACAGUGUCAUCUCAAACAAACCUCACAUACACAUACUUCAAAUAAUUCAACAAUUGUAAAUAAUGUAGAUAGUUCUGAUAUGGAUUCAUUAAAUUCGAUUGAAUUAUUACCGGAAUAUCAACAUAUUCUCUCUUGGUCAUGGAAUACCUUGAAAUUCUGUUCCAGCAUUAUUGCCAAUUGGUUUGCUAUUCAGUGUAAAUUAGCUGAUGAGAAUGUAAUGGCGGAUGUAGAACGAAAAUUGCUUGCCUCCAAAAUUGGCUAUCAAUUAUUGCAUCAGUUGUUACAAUGUCGUCAUAAGGGAACCAUAGAAGCACUAUAUUUCAAUCUUCUCCUUUAUUUACAAACUGUUGAAAAAUAUCAACUUUCAUUUUGUUCUUCAUUGAAAACAUGUAAAGAGGAUGCUUUAAAGUCAUCAGUUUUCAAAAUGGAUUGCAAAAAUCCGACUACUGAUAUCAAAUAUUUAUCGACAUGUGAUGGAUCUAUUUCUGCUGACCAUAUGUUGCAAAUAUGUUGGAAAGUUCUUUGUAACAGUGCUUACUCUGUUACUAGACGUGGUGCUGGGCUUAUACCAGUUAUACGUGCUUGUCUUCUGGUUAAAUCUUGUAACGGACUUGAAAGUCCUCCAUGUUCACUUGUUUGUUGUUUAAAAAGUUUAUUUGAAAUUACACAAUCAGAUGAUAAUGAUGUUUAUAAUAAUGUGAAUAAUAAUACUACUCAUAUUAUAUCCGAUUCAACAACACUUCAUGAUUCACCACGAGUAUUCGCUUUACAUUUACUACACGGACUAUUUACCGAUGCUCGAUUACGUGUACAUGAACAUUCUGUUCCGAUAGAAAAUAAUAAUAGUCUAUCACAUGUUAAAAAUUGGACAAUUGAAGCUCUUCAAUUAGCUGUUAUUCCUGGUUUUAAUUCGAAAAAAUGGAAUGUUUGGAAUGGUGCUCUUCAACUUCAUAGUGCAUUGAUCUAUCGUCUCACUGGUGUAAGUCUCGACUUAGAAUUUCCAUUAAUUUCGGAUAUCUGCUUUCAAUAUCCUCAAAUGUUGGAUAUUAUAUUUAAUUGUCUGGAUAGUAAUUAUCAAAAUUUAUCGUCAGCGCAAAGUUUAAUUCCAAUACUUACUUUAAUUGUUAGAUUUUCUCCAUCGUUUGAUCAUUCGUUGAUAGUGUCAUCAAAAAUUGAUGAAAUCCUCAAUCGACUAGAAUAUAUUCUUUUCAAUCAUUGUAGUAUGCAUAUUCGUAAACUUGCUUCAAAAGCUUAUCAUGUAUUUCUAUGCCCACCGAUUGAUCUAUACUAUCAAUUUGAAUCAAUUAUAUGUUCACAAGAUAAACAAUCUUCACUUUGUAACAUAUCAAGCAUUGGACCACUAAAAUUAAUUUAUCAUUCAUGUUCACUACAUAACUCUAAUAAGAAAAUUUUAUAUAAUUCUAUAACAAAUGCAGUACAUGGUCAUUUAUGCUUAUUACAAUCAUGGUAUGAAAGUAAAACUUGUGAAAUUAUUCAACAUUGGAGAGAAUCAUUAUUCAACAUAAAAUCGGCAUUGAAUUAUCUUCUUCACUGGAUAUCUAUUUCUGCUUGGUAUCUUGCUUAUGAAUUAUGUAUUCUGAUGAAUUCUGUUUAUACAAGUCAUGUAACGAUUCACUGCGAAGAGAAUUAUCGAACGGAACUGUGGACAGCAUUACUCACUUUAAGGAAACCAAUAUUUUCUUUAUCUAAUGAGCCAUUUCAUAUUGAAUUUUUAAUUGAAUUUCAUCAUAUUUGUAUAAAAUUAUUCAAUAAAAAUUUAUUCAACUAUAUGACCAUUCAUUAUGCCGAAACUGAACCAAUUCUACUUUUACGUUUCCUUAAUCUAUUGAAAACAAAUUCUAAUUUAUCUGAUGAGCUUACUUUGAAAUUAAUUGACUAUUGGAUAAAUUGGCGAUCGUUAACAUGUGCUGUUGAUCAUCAUCCUGGCCAUCACUGUGUGAAUAAUCACUUGGAAUAUAUCUAUCCACAUGUUAUGUGGUGUUUCCUAGAAUUUUUCAAUCGAUCAUGUAAUACUACUUGUUUUAUGCAAAGAAUUCAAAAAGAAUUCAAUGUCGAAAUUUUAUUAUCACGAAUAUCGAAUCUAUGCCUAACAAAUGAGAAUAUUUCUGGCAUUCAAUUUUGUAUUCAUCGUUCAAGAUUAUUAUAUUUUAUGACAUGUUUACUCAAUUGUCUAUCACCAUCAACAUCAGUGAAUUAUUCAUUGUAAGUUUAAGAGUUUGUAUAAUUUAUUAUUGUAUGACGUAUUUGAAAUUUUCAUUGAAAUUAUGAACGGAUGUAAGUUAGACCACCAUUGAAAAUCUGGGAGGACUGGAUUAUCGUCUCGUUCUAGUAUAGGACUCUUGAAAUUAGAUUUCAACACUGUCGUGUUGGAUGCCGGUUCAAUGAUCUAGAUGUUAAGUGUUCGCAUGAAAGACUGAAUGUGUUUGAUUAUAUUGUGUGUUUCGGGAUCGUAGAUCUGCACUUCUGUGGAGUCCUAUUUGAUAAUGAAACGACCAUCGAAUGCUUCGAAUUUCUCAGUGAUGGUUUAACUGAGAUCGGUUUAUGAUUUCAAUAAAAUUUAAUAAUCUCCACAACUUCAUGCUGAUUAUUUAGAAAUGUAUCAGUAUAAAUCUAUUUAAAAGAUUUCCUGGUUAUCGAAUAUUUUAUUUAUAAAAGAAUGUUCGUAUUGAUUGCUUACUUAUUUAAGUAAUUUGUUCCAGAGAUAAUUAUAGACAGCGUCCCCUUUUACAGUCAUCAUCAGGUUGAUAUACAUAGAAAUGUUGCAUAUCAAGAACAUAUAUUUGAAGGUAAAUUGUUUGAAAAGAUAUAUAUCGGAAAUUAAUCACUGAAAAAUUCCCAUUAUAGUAAAACACAAUUAUCAGAAAUUGUUUCGAAACGACAUUUGCCCUUGGGGAUUAAAAUAGUGUGAAGCACCAGUUUGAAAUUAUUAUUUCCGUAUUGGUAAGGGUGGCUGGAAUACCAUAUUGUAUAGUGUAUCCGAUAUUGAUUCUAGUGAUGUUACGGGGUAAGAUCUACAACCAAAGAGAAGGAAAGACAACAGAAAUCACAGAAUAACAACAGCAAAAAUUAAUGUGAUAGAUCUGUCCUUAAAUAUAUUCUUAAUUGUUUUGUAACGUACUGAUUUGAGUUGAUUUUAUCUAAAUUAUAUCCAAUGAACUAGUACGGGUAAAAUAUCAGCUAGAAGGAAAGUUGAGUAAUUGUACUUAGUAAUGACAAUUAUCAAAUAUUUAAUCCACGUAUAAUUUCACUAGUAAAGUGAUAUAUAGUCACUGAUAUUAGAAUUUUUAAUUCAGUAUCAGAGGAGAGGUAGUCAUCCACGUAGCAUAUAAACAACGGUUAGGAUUUAGUUACAUAGCUAGAUUGUAGCGAAAUGUUCCAGUUUAUCUGCAUUUGUAAUUUAAAGUUCAAUGGAUCCCAAGAAGAGAUUCAAAAGUUUGUGUUAAAACCUGCUCUGUGAGUUGCAAGUCGUGCGAACAUCUAGGACAUGAGUCUACCACUGUAUAUUUUUUGUGGUUUUCCAGCUGAUAUCUGUACAGAAAAAAGUGUGUUCGAAUAUGUAUUUUUGUUCCAAAAUUGCAAAUGGAAAUCUCUGUUUACUAAUAUUAAGUAGUCGUACUCAUCCGUUUGAGAUGACAUUCAUUAUAGAAUUACUUCGUUUGAUUUAGUUCUUCUUCUAUUCAAUUUACUAAAACCUAUUAUGUAUAAACACAUAUAUCAUGAUAUUUGCAUUUGCUAUUUUAAGAAUGAUAUAUUUCGGAUUCUACUCAUGCAAUACAACCAUUUUUUUUCCGUUUAUAUUUUCAUUCUAUCUGUCAUUCGUUGAAUAUUGUUUAAUAAGAACUAUUUACUAGAAGACAAAGAAUCCACACC